CUAUCGCCCUGUCUCUCACCAGUUAUUGAUCUUCUUCUUCACUCAGCAACUGUCUUUGUCUUAAAGAAGACGAAACAAUCUCACUCUCUCGUCUCCUCUCGUUUUUCUCUCAGUUUGCCUCACAGAAUAAUAUCUUAAAAGAGUCAAAGGAAGCUAGGAAGGAAGGAAGCAAGAAAAACGAGAGGGUGCCAAAUGUUCUUCGCUUUUGUUUGUAUAGCCAUGUGAGCGUUCUGACACAUUCUCUCCCUCUUCGUCCCUUUUUCCCUCUCAUCUUCCUCUCACUCCUGCUGGUUUCAGCUGAGUCACCACCUCAGUGAGCAAAUUAGAUGGCCUCAUCCUCACGAGCUAGGAGCAGCUCUCCAUUUUCGUACCGGAAAUCAUCGACUCCUUACUCUUCCACUUCAUCUUCGUCUUUCAUGAGUGGAAGGUUAAUGCCUCGCUCCUGCUCUUCUUCUGCAUCGUCGUUUUUGAACUCUGGCCGAUCCAUGACUCCAAGUCGUGGUCGUAGUGAGUCAAUGUAUUGUGGUCCGCGCGGUUAUGGUAGUCAUUCUCCUGUUGGGUUCGGAACGGAAGAACUGAUUAUGGAGCCCGUCGAUACGCCGAGGUCGGGGGAUAGCAUUUCGGUGACGAUUCGGUUCAGACCAUUGAGUGAGAGGGAGUAUCAAAGAGGGGACGAGAUCGCGUGGUAUGCAGAUGGUGAUAAGAUAGUGAGGAAUGAGUACAAUCCAGCUACUUUUUAUGCAUUCGAUAGAGUUUUUGGACCGCAUACGACUUCAGAUGAGGUGUAUGAAGUAGCGGCCAAACCCGUAGUAAAGGCUGCCAUGGAAGGCGUCAACGGAACUGUGUUUGCUUACGGUGUGACGAGUAGCGGUAAAACACAUACUAUGCAUGGAGAUCAACAUUCUCCUGGUAUCAUACCAUUGGCUAUAAAAGAUGUAUUCAGCAUCAUCCAAGAUACUCCAGGAAGAGAGUUUCUUCUCCGUGUAUCCUAUUUAGAAAUCUACAAUGAGGUGAUAAAUGAUUUGCUUGAUCCAACUGGCCAGAAUUUGCGUGUUAGAGAAGAUGCACAGGGCACUUAUGUUGAAGGAAUAAAGGAAGAAGUUGUUUUAUCUCCAGGGCAUGCACUUUCCUUUAUUGCUGCUGGAGAAGAGCAUCGUCAUGUUGGAUCUAACAAUUUUAAUCUCUUUAGCAGCCGAAGUCACACAAUUUUUACUCUGAUGAUUGAAAGCAGUGCCCAUGGUGAUGAUUAUGAUGGAGUGAUAUUUUCUCAGCUGAACUUAAUUGAUUUGGCUGGAUCUGAGAGCUCAAAAACUGAAACAACUGGACUAAGAAGAAAAGAAGGAUCUUACAUAAACAAAAGUCUUCUGACACUUGGAACUGUUAUUGGUAAACUGAGUGAGGGCAAGGCAUCACAUGUUCCAUAUCGAGAUUCGAAGCUUACCCGCCUCUUGCAGUCUUCACUUAGUGGACAUGGCCAUGUUUCGCUUAUAUGUACAGUCACUCCAGCAUCCAGUAACAUGGAGGAAACUCAUAAUACUUUGAAGUUUGCUAGCCGGGCUAAGCGAGUAGAAAUCUAUGCCUCGCGUAAUAAGAUUAUUGAUGAAAAAUCUCUGAUUAAGAAAUACCAAAGGGAAAUUUCAAUUCUCAAGCAAGAACUUGAUCAACUAAGGAAGGGCAUGCUAGCUGGCGUUAACCAUGAGGAGAUACUGAGCUUAAAGCAGAAGCUGGAAGAAGGUCAAGUGAAAAUGCAAUCAAGAUUGGAGGAGGAAGAAGACGCCAAGGCUGCCCUUAUGAGUAGGAUCCAAAGGCUAACGAAGCUCAUUCUUGUUUCUUCAAAGAAUACGAUUCCUGGAUAUCUACCUGAUAUUCCCGGCCACCAACGAAGUCUAUCUGCUGGCGAGGAUGAUAAAUAUGAUGUCCAACGUGAUGGGUCUCUGUUGAUUGAAAGUGAGUGUCAGAAAGAUGCAUCUGGAAUGUCAUCAGAUCUAUCUCAUGACGGUAGACAUAGAAGAUCAUCAAGCAGAUGGAAUGAAGAGCUCUCCUCAGCAAGUAGUAUUGUUACUGAAGCAACACAAGCUGGGGAACUAAUCAGCGGAACAAAGCUUCCUGUGGGAGGCAUGACAAUGUCUGAUCAGAUGGAUCUUCUAGUAGAGCAAGUCAAGAUGCUUGCUGGAGAUAUUGCUUUCAGUACCAGCACUCUGAGGCGCUUGACGGAGCAGUCUGUAAAUGAUCCUGAAAGCUACAAAACCCAGGUUGAGAACCUGGAACAUGACAUCCUAGAAAAAAGGAAGCAAAUGAGGGUGUUAGAACAAAGAAUAACUGAGAGUAGUGAAGCUGCAAUGUCUAAUGCUUCACUGGUCGAAAUGCAACAGACGAUCACAAGAUUAAUGACUCAGUGUAACGAAAAGGCCUUUGAGCUGGAGUUAAAAUCUGCUGACAACCGUGUCCUCCAGGAACAACUUAAUAAUAAGUGUUCUGAGAAUAAUGAAUUGCAACAAAAAGUGAAGCUGCUAGAGCAGCAACUGGCUGCAGCUGCCAGUGGCGGCUUAUCAGUGUCAUCUGAACAUUUUGUAUCUGGCGAACACAUAGAUGAGUUGAAAAAGAAAAUUCAGUCCCAGGAGAUUGAAAAUGAAAAACUAAAGCUAGAGCAAGUUCAGCUUUCAGAAGAAAACAGUGGGCUGCGUGUACAGAAUCAGAAACUCUCUGAAGAAGCUUCUUAUGCCAAAGAACUGGCCUCUGCUGCUGCAGUGGAGUUGAAGAAUUUGGCUAACGAAGUGACCAACCUUUCAUUGCAAAACUCAAAAUUUGAAAAAGAAUUGAUAGCUGCUCGUGACCUGGCCAACUCCAGAGGUGCUGUCCUGCAAACUGUUAAUGGUGUUAACCGCAGGUACAAUGAUGCAAGAUCUGGUAGGAAGGGAAGGAUUUCGAGCCGUGCUAAUGAAAUGUCAGGAGCUGCUUUAGACGACUUUGAUUCAUGGAGUCUAGAUGCAGAUGACUUGAAGAUGGAACUACAAGCUAGGAAACAACGAGAGGCAUCGCUGGAGGCAGCAUUAGCUGAGAAGGAGUUUAUAGAAGAGGAGUUCAGGAAAAAAAUUCAAGAGGCCAAGAAAAGGGAAGAAGCUUUGGAGAAUGACUUGGCAAAUAUGUGGGUCCUUGUUGCAAAGUUAAAGAAAGAAGGGGUUGCUGUGCCAGAAUCUAACAUUGAUCAGAAAGGUGAUGGGACAGAACAAAUAAAUGAUGGGAAAACAAAUGGCAUCGAGAUUAACAAUAUUCCUAAAGAACAGGUUUUUGAUGUAGCAAAACCAGAUAAUGAAGUUUCCACCGAAGAACCCCUAGUCGUUCGUCUCAAGGCUCGCAUGCAAGAGAUGAAGGAUAAAGAACUCAAGAGUCUUGGGAAUGGGGAUGCCAAUUCCCAUGUUUGUAAAGUAUGCUUUGAAUUACCGACCGCUGCAAUUCUUCUCCCAUGCCGACACUUCUGCUUGUGUAAAUCUUGUUCCCUAGCUUGUCAUGAGUGUCCAAUCUGCCGCACAAGUAUAACAGAUAGGCUUUUCGCUUUUGCCUCUUGAAAAGGGCUGGCCUCGUUGAGUUGAUAUUUUCCAUGCGGCAGUGAGUGCGAUUCUUUCAUUAGUUUGCUUAUAUGUAAAGGUAUAUCAAAUAUCUUCCUUCUCUUACUCUAUUCCCUGCGCAACUGUAUAAUACGGGAAGACAAAGGGGUGGGAAAAAAAUGUAAAAAGGAAAAGGAAUGGGUGUAAGAAGCACUGCUAAAUGACACGCAUGAACAAUGUUUUAUGCAAUACACAUCAUAAUUUUGUUUGUUCGCCUUUCA